GAAGUUAUUUUCAGACAAGGCAGUUUAAAGUACGAACAUGGCGUUGGACGUGAAGUCAAGAUCCAAGCGUUAUGAAAAACUGGCUUUUCUUGGAGAGGGACAGUUUGCCACGGUUUACAAAGCCAGAGAUAAAACAACAAAUUCUAUAGUGGCAAUCAAAAAGAUCAAAGUUGGGCACAGAACAGAAGCAAAGGAUGGCAUUAACCGGACAGCUCUUCGGGAGAUUAAGUUGUUGCAGGAACUGAGUCAUCAUAACAUUAUAGGUCUAUUAGAUGCGUUUGGACACAAGUCUAACAUCAGUUUGGUGUUUGAUUACAUGGAAACAGAUCUGGAGGUGAUCAUAAAAGACACUAGCCUUGUAUUAACCCCGGCCAACAUUAAAGCCUACAUACUGAUGACGCUUCAGGGACUGGAGUACAUGCACCAUCACUGGAUCUUACACAGGGAUUUAAAGCCAAAUAACUUGUUGCUUGAUGAAAAUGGGGUCCUGAAGCUCGCUGACUUUGGGUUGGCAAAAGCUUUCGGAAGUCCAAACAGGGUUUACACACAUCAAGUUGUCACACGGUGGUACCGUGCUCCUGAGCUUCUCUUUGGUGCCAGGAUGUAUGGUGUAGGUGUGGAUAUGUGGGCCGUGGGCUGUAUACUCGCUGAGUUGCUUCUCAGGUUGCCAUUCUUGGCAGGAGACUCCGACCUAGAUCAACUGACAAAAAUAUUUGAAGCAUUGGGAACACCAACAGAAGAAACGUGGCCGGUACGUUUUUAUUUACAGCAGUUGGCUCGCUAAACAUGGACACUGGGCAAUAAGCGAAGGAAAAGAGGAAUUCCAAUAAUUUACAUACACCCUCCAACAAAAACUCUUGACUGGUAGACUCAAAACACCAA